AUGGUGAGCGACGACUGUCUUGUGGAGUGUAAGAUCGAUGACGACAGCGAGGAAGAUGACGGAGGAGGAGAGCAGAUGAACACUCCUCCUCCUCCUCCAGAGUUUGCUUCCAAAGCCCCGACUCCAGCGCCCAAACCUCCGAGCCCUCCCACAGCGCCCGCUACACCCACACCCACACCCACACCCACCCAUCCUGUCAACAGGGACCCUUACGGCAUCAACAAGCACCUACAGGUGGAGGUCAGUGACGUGCUGGCAGAACCUGCUACACCUCGGAGCAUCGACCAAGUGUGGAUUUACAGUGUCACUGGCUUUGAGAGUGCUCGCGUCUGGACGUACCGCUGCCUCACCCUGCUGUUCGCCGUGCCCUUCGCUCUCCUCUGUGGCAUCUUCCUGGCCGUUCUCGCUUGUCUACACGUCUGGUUUGUGGUGCCUUGCAUACAGCUGAGCAACACCUUCCUUCCAUGCCUGCGGUCCCUGUGUAUGUGUGCUGUGAACGUGGUUAUCUCUCCCUUUUGUAUGUCUGUCGCACUCUGCUGCAGCCAAAUCGCCCUUUCACUGUCUAACAAGGACUGGCAUCAAAUGAGGGACAAAGAGGCUGUAGGCGUGUGA